AUGCCUGAGGGAGCCCACCGACUGUCGAAGCCCAGCCCCAGCAUUGGGUGUGGCCGUAGAGGUGACGUGUGCGACUGUGCAACGGAGUGUGAGACAGGGGCAGGUGAACCCCUGACCUCCUGCUCCACACCCCCUGCAGCCCCUGCCAUGGCCUCCCCCAGAGGUUCUGGAAGCGCCACAUCUCUGAGCACCAUGGGCUCUGAGGGGGACCUGGCCCCGGGCCCCCCCCCAGCCUGUUCAGCAUCCAGGCCAGAGCCCCUUCCAGGUCCGCCCAUUCGCCUACAUCUGUCGCCUGUGGGGACCCCGGGUUCAGCGAAGCCCUCGCGGUUGGAGCGUGUGGCCCAUGAGAUUGUGGAGACAGAGCGGGCCUACGUGCGAGACCUCCGCAGCAUCGUGGAGGACUACCUGGGUCCUCUGCUGGAUGGCGGGGCCCUGGGGCUGAAUGAGGAGCAGGUGGGGACGCUGUUUGCCAACAUCGAGGACAUCUAUGAGUUCAGCAGUGAGCUUCUGGAGGACCUGGAAGGCAGCUGCAGUGCAGGGGACAUUGCAGAGUGCUUUGUGCAGAGGAAUGAGGAUUUUGACAUCUACACGCUGUACUGCAUGAACUACCCAAGCUCCCUGGCCCUGCUUCGGGAGCUGGCCCUGUCUCCGCCAGCGGCCCUGUGGCUGCAGGAGCGCCAGGCCCAGCUUCGCCACUCGCUGCCUCUGCAGAGCUUCCUCCUGAAACCUGUGCAGCGCAUCCUCAAGUACCACCUGCUGCUGCAGGAGCUUGGUAAGCACUGGGCGGAGGGCCCUGGGGCCGGGGGCCGCGACAUGGUGGAGGAGGCUAUCGUGUCCAUGACAGCGGUUGCCUGGUACAUCAACGACAUGAAGCGCAAGCAGGAGCACGCUGCACGCCUCCAGGAAGUGCAGCGGCGCCUGGGUGGCUGGACUGGCCCGGAGCUCAGUGCUUUUGGGGAGCUGGUGCUGGAGGGUGCGUUCCGAGGUGGUGGCGGUGGCGGCCCGCGGCUACGAGGAGGUGAGCGGCUGCUGUUCCUGUUCUCACGGAUGCUGCUGGUGACCAAGCGCCGGGGGCCGGAGUACACCUACAAGGGCCACAUCUUUUGCUGCAACCUGAGUGUGAGUGAGAGCCCUCGCGACCCUCUAGGGUUCAAGGUGUCGGAUCUGACCAUUCCCAAGCACAGACACUUGUUCCAGGCUAGGAACCAAGAGGAGAAGAGGCUGUGGGUUCACUGUCUCCAGCGCCUCUUCUUUGAGAAUCAUCCUGCCUCCAUUCCUGCCAAGGCAAAGCAAGUUCUCCUUGAAAACAGCCUACACUGUGCCCCCAAAAGUAAACCCAUCCCAGAGCCACUGACACCCCCACUUCAAUCUUCCCGACCUAGAGAUGCUAGAAGCUUCAACCCUGGGCGAAGGAACACGGCUCCAUCCCCAGGACCCUCCUCGACCCGCCAUGGCCGCAGACAGUCUGAGCCAACAAAGGACCCUUCUGGCAUGUUUCUAAGGCGGGUAGGGUACUCCUGGCCUUGCCCUCACCCCUUUUUCUCCACCCAGCACGCUGGCAGUGAGGGGGAGCUGUACCCUUCCUCCGAGUCUCAGCCACCAGUUCCAGCUUCUGGGCCCCCUGAGGACCUGGAGGAUGCCAGACCCCCCACUCUGGAUCCUUCUGGGACCUCGAUCACUGAAGAAAUCCUGGAGCUGUUAAACCAGAGAGGCCUCCGGGACCCGGCGCCAUCCCCCGACUACAUUCCCAAGUUCCCCGGAGACCCCCAGGUGCCAGGUGCCAGCAGCACCCUUGGAUUCCCAGCCACGCCCAGCCGAGACUCUUCAGAGGAGGAGGGGGACCUGGAGGAGGAUGAGCGAGAGCCUUCCCCACUCCACGUCCUGGAGGGACUUGAGAGCUCCAGUGGGGCUGAAAUCGCCGACAUUCCUGGCCUUCCCAGGAUCCCUGACAUUCCCAGCCUUCCUGAAAUUCCCGAAAUGCCCUGCCUUCCCAGUCUCUCUGACAUUUCCAGUGUUUUUGAAAUGCCCUGCCUUCCAGCCAUGCCUAACGACCCUGACGGCCCCAGCACUCCUUCCCUCCCCUGUGGCUCCUGGCUCCAGGGUCCCCAUCAGGAGCCCGAUGAGCCUCUGGCCACCAGGAGAGAACUGUUCCCUGGGAGCAGUUCCAGGAAACGGAGCAGUUCCUCCUCGGGAAGUCGAGCGGGGCAAGAGGAGGAUGAAGAAGGGGUGUCGCUCUCAGACUUGUCGUCCAAGAGUAUCACUCAAGAUCAGGGACUCGGGGGUGAGCUGCAGCCCCGCUCUUGCUCAGAAAUCCGGAACGCCUGGCAGGCGUUGGAGCAGGGGCAGCUGGCCCAGCCUGGUUUCCCAGAACCACUGCUGAUCUUGGAAGACUCGGAUCUGGCCGGAGGCAGUGGGAGCGGGAAGGCAGGGGCCCCGAGUACAGAGAGGGCAGCCUCCCGAGUACGCGAGCUGGCACGACUCUACAGCGAGCGGAUCCAGCAGAUGCAGCGGGCUGAGACCCGGGCAUCUGCCAAUGCCCCGCGCCGUCGGCCACGGGUCCUGGCCCAGCCCCAGCCAUCCCCCUGCCUGCCCCAUGAGCAGGCCGAGCCAGGACUCCUGCCUGCCUUUGGACAUGUGCUGGUAUGCGAGCUGCCCUUCACGCUCAUCUGUGCCCAGGAGUCUGUCCCCCUGGGCCCUGCUGCCCAGGUGCAAGCUGCCACACCUUUGUCUAAACAGGGAAGCUGCCUGGAUGGCCAGAGUCUGAGUGUUGCAAAUUUGCCUGAGCAAGACCAUCCGGUCAACCUGAUCACCACCCCUUUGCCUGAGCAAGACCAUCCAGUCAACCUGAUCACUACCCCUUUACCUGAGCAAGAAGGCCUACGAGAUGUCCAGGUUCUGGCUGCCACACCACUGCCAAAGCAGGAAGACCCUUCAGACAUCCAGGUUCCAGCUAUUAAAACUUUGCCUGAUCAUCAAGGCUGCCUGGAAGUACAAAGUCCAGCCCCCACUCCUUUGUCUUGGGCAAAAGACCACCCGGAUAUACAGGCUCCAUCCACCACCUCUCUUCCUGAGCAAGGAUACCAUGUCGACCUCCAAGUUCCAGCUUCCCCAGCUUUGCCCAAGCAGGGAAGUUGCUGUGAUGUGUCUCUAGCCACCGUGCCUAAGCAAGAAGCCCACCUAGACAGUCUGAGUUCCCCCAGCAUCCCAUUAACUAAGCAGGGAGUCUCCAGGGAUGUUCAUGUCCCAGCCACCAUCCGGGUACAAGCCAUAGAUCCUUUGCUUAGGCAUGGAAGUGACCAGAACCAUCAGAUCCCAGCCAACAUCCCACUGCCUUUGCCCUGUGACCUCGCAGAUGUUCCAGUGCCAGGUACCGCAACUGUGCCUGCAGCUGGAGGUCACCUGGACCGCCAGGUCACAGCCACGGCUCCAUCGUCUUUGCCACAGGACCUGUCAGACCACCAGAUCCCAGCCAGUGCUCCAUUGUCUUUGUCCCAAGAGCUCUCAGACAUUCAGGUUCCAGCCCUCACACCUCUGCCCAAGCAGGGAGGCCUCCCAGACAUCCAGAACCCAGCUGCUGCGUCUUUGCUUCAGGGGCAAAGUCUCACAGAUAGCAACGUUCUGGCUGCCACACCUUUGCCUGAGCAAGGGGGCUCACAAGACAUUCCAGGCCUGUCACUCACCCCAGUUCAGACCACCAUGGUUUCGUCCAAGCCAGGAGGCCGCUCGACCUCUCAUAUUGCCAGGCUGGAGUCUGUGGACCUGACUCCACCCCAGAGCCCCCCACCCCCUACCCGUCAGCUCCUGGGCCCCAAUGCAGUUGCCCUUUCUAAGUACCUAGCAGCCUCCUACAUCAGCCAGAGCCUGGCCCGGCGACAGGGGCCUGAGGGAGAGGUUCCCCCAAUCUCCAGGGGCCCCUGGUCCUCCUCUGCCCCCACGUCACGGGCACCUUCACCGCCACCCCAGCCUCAGCCCCCUCCACUCCCAGCCAGGCGACUCAGCUAUGCCACUACCGUAAGCAUCCACGUGGGGGGUGGGGGGCGGUUGCGGCCAGCCAAAGCCCAGGUCAGGUUGAACCACCCUGCUCUCUUGACCCCCACCCAGAAAUCUGUGGGUCCUCGAAGGGCCCAGGGAGCUCCUGAUGCCCCUUUCCACUUGUGA